AUGGCGGUGAGCGUGGAUCGAAUACGCGACCUUCAGAUCUUCAGUCUGACGCUCUCCCAACUGAGCUAUCCCCGCAAACUUGGAGAAGUGGGGUAUCGAUCCCCAUACCUCUCGCAUGCUAAGCGAGCGCUCUACCAUCUGAGCUACAUCCCCAUGCCAACUGUCGCUGCCGCUCGAUUCGCCUCGGAGGGCUUCGCAGUGUUCGGCAUCGACUUCGAGGGCCAUGGCAAAUCGGACGGUUUGAGAUGCUCCUUCAGGUCCGUAGAGCAUCUGGUGGACGACUGCUGCGCCUUCUUCGCGUCCGUCAAGGCAAAGCCUGACUUCGCAGGGCUGCCGUCGUUCGUGUACGGGGAGUCGCUGGGAGGCGCCAUCGCCAUGACCUUGGCAUUGCGUGACCCUGACAGCUGGACUGGGCUGGUCAUGGUGUCUCCCAUGCUGCGCAUUAAGGAGGAGCUGCAGCCUAGCUGGGCAGCGCUUCAGGCUCUUCGAGUCCUUGCAACGGUCAUUCCUGACAGUGCCUUUGUGCCCACCAAGGGUGACUUGAUCCGUCUCUCAUUCCGGGAUCCUGCAAAACUAGAAGUUGCUCUCAAGAACCCACGCCGCUACUGUGCUACUGAGGAGGAUCUCGACAAGAUUCUCUUCGGAACGAGCGCAGCGGCCUAUUACGAGCAGAAUAAAGUGGUUCACACCGCUGAAUACAUCACGAAUUCGAGAAACAUCCGCCUCUACACGCAGUCAUGGCUGCCCGCCGAUCGCAAGCCCUGUUUUCAUUUCCGCCUCAUUCCUUCUCUCCUGCGAUCCUCACAGCUGUCAGCCGUUCGAUUCGCCUCGGAGGGCUUCGCAGUGUUGGGCAUCGACUUCGAGGGCCAUGGCAAAUCGGACGGUUUGAGAUGCUCCUUCAGGUCCGCGGAGCAUCUGGUGGACGACUGCUGCGCCUUCUUCGCGUCCGUCAAGACGAAGCCUGACUUCGCAGGGCUUCCGUCGUUCGUGUAUGGGGAGUCGCUGGGAGGCGCCAUCGCUAUGACCGUGGCAUUGCGUGAUCCUGAUAGCUGGACUGGGUUGGUAAUGGUGUCUCCCAUGCUGCGCAUUAAGGAGGAGCUGCAGCCUAGUUGGGCUGCACUGCAGGUUCUUCGAGUCCUUGCAACGGUCAUUCCUGACAGUGCCUUUGUGCCCACAAAGGGUGACUUGAUCCGUCUCUCAUGCCGAGAUCCUGCAAAACUUGAAGUUGCCCUCCAGAACCCACGCCGCUACAGUGGUAACCCACGCCUUGGCGUUGCCUUUGAGCUCCUGCGUUUUGCUGAUGCUGUUACAGCCUCCAUUCCAAACCUGCAUUUGCCAUUCCUCAUCAUGCAUGGGGGAUCGGAUGGUGUAACAGACCCAGACCAGUCCAGAGACUUGCAUGAGAAGUCUCAGAGUAAAGAUAAGACUCUGCAUAUCUAUCCAUUAGCUUGGCACCAGCUGCUGCAAGGUGAGCCAGAGCCAGAGAGAGAAGAGGAGGAGAACAAGGGCAACGAGCAAAAUGUGGCGAGGAUCAAGGAGUACAGGUCCAAGAUUGAGGCGGAGCUUUCCGAUAUCUGCCAAGACAUCCUCAACAUCAUUGACAGCAAUUUGAUCCCCUCAUCUGGCACUGGGGAGUCGAAGGUCUUCUACUACAAAAUGAAGGGUGACUACUACCGCUACCUCGCGGAGUUCAAGACUGGCGCUGACAGGAAGGAGGCCGCUGAGCAGUCGUUGAAGGCCUACCAGUCAGCUUCCGAGGUCGCGACUGUCGAUCUUGCACCUACCCACCCCAUCCGCCUCGGACUUGCCUUGAACUUCUCUGUGUUCUACUACGAGAUUUUGAACUCACCAGAGAAGGCCUGCCAAUUGGCCAAGCAAGCCUUCGACGAGGCUAUUGCCGAGCUUGAUACUCUGAGCGAGGAGUCGUACAAGGACAGCACCCUCAUCAUGCAGCUUCUUCGUGACAACCUGACGCUCUGGACAUCUGAUCUCCAGGAUGAAGCCGCCGCCAAGGAUGAGCCUGCUGAGGAGAAGAAGGAAGAGAAGCCUGCUGACGAGUGA